UGAACACCUGUGUAGCCUACUGUCUACGUUGAAAUAUCUUUUCGGCUUUAGUGGACAUUUUCCCUAACCUGCUGGUCAUAUAACAGUAUUUUAUUUACGUACGAUAUUACGUGAAAAACACACCUGUGACAAGGCGGGUUAUUUAAACUGCCCACUUUUUCGUCUGCUAAGUUUCUGAUCUGCUCGUUUACAAACUCUUCUGUAACUUUGCUGCGAGCUCAUCGCUGGCUCUUAGCUACAGACUUAUAAAGUUGGAAGCUGCCUGUUUGCAUGGGACUGGAAAACCAAGCUUGGGACUACUCUGCUGAGACUUUGAGGAUUGCCAACGUCUCUUCAACAAGCAGUGGCCCCCACACUUCCCAGUCUACGUUCAGAGGUCUUCAAGCCAUGUGUGGAAGACAAGGACCUGGCCUUUUGUCUAAAUGAGGGAGAGUGUUCAAUCAUUGAAACCGUGGCUGGGGUUCACAGACACUGCAGGUGUAAGGAGGGCUACCAUGGACUACGCUGUGACCAGUUUGUACCCAAGACAGAUGCUAUCUUGUCAGACCCAACGGAUGAACUCGGGAUUGAGUUCAUGGAGAGUGGUGACACCUACCAGAGGCAGGUGCUGUCCAUUUUCAGCAUUGCCUCAGGGAUCUGUCUUCUUGGAGUGGCGUGUAUGGCUCUCUACCGUCGCAACAAAAGACACAGGGAAAAACUCCAGGCUCAUUUCUCUGAUAGCCGUAGCCUGAGGGACUGCAGUGUCAACGCCUCUGGCCUCAUGUCCAAAUCUACUCCCAGGCUCCAAUACAGCUUUCAACUCCAAAAGAGCUGCAGUUCUCACGGAUCGUCUGUUAAGGGCAACAGCGUGGCACCAGGCACAUCAACAGUAACCCCACCUAUUCUCAGCAGAGCGCUGUCUAAAGGGAAACGCUUCAGGAGUAGUUCCCUUUCACUCAGUCCUGCCCGACAACGGAGGGAAAGUAAUUACUUCAGGACCCCACCCAUUUCCAGAGGGAAACACAAAAUAUCAACGAAUCUCAUUGAUGGAUCCAGAGUAAACGGCCUGGUCUACAAACACUUGCAGGAGGACGAUUCAACAGACAUGGAGUCCAUAAGAAGGUGUGAUUCUGCUGGUGGAAAGGUUGGUGCCUUUCUCGACAGGACUUCACUCUCUCACUUUGCAGCCCGAAAGGGAUGUACCGAAGUCCCGUGCACCCGUCUUGAUAAGGGAACAACCUACCUUCCACCUUCCCUGCACACCCGUUCGGUGCCCAUCAUCCCCUCACUCCAAGCGUGUGACCUCGAGGCGGGGAACGUGGACACCAAUGAGCAGAACCAAGGGGGGCUCCUCAAGUGGCACCCCGCGCCGGCCGGUAAGACAGCAGUGCCCAUCAGCAAUUCUUCCUCACUGCCCUGUGAGACUGUUGUGCUGGCACCUGGUGUUAUACCCAACAGUGUCAGCCCUCCUGCCACCAUCACAGUUACACUGGGGUCGGGGAAGAAUCUCAGCACUGCACAAACAACCUGUUCCAUUGAAAUUACUGUGAAACUCGCGCAGGAAUUAAAACAGAAAAGCCUUUCCAGCUACAUGAAAAUGUCUGGGUCUCACAGCAAGAUCCACUGCGGUGACACAAACACUCUUGAGGCUGGGGCUGUGCAGGAGUCAGAAGGGAAAAGUGUCCAAUAUUCUGCCAGAGUUCUGCACACAGGCGGUGGGACCAGAGGUUUGAAGGCAGCAGGCCAAAGAGAAGCCCAGGGACUGUGCCAAGGUCAGAUGUCCCUUGCGUAUGGAGGCGCAAACUACUCCUUGGCCACCAAAGGACCAAGCUGCAGAGGAACUGGAAACGCUUAUGCCAAGCCCUCUACAAGCUGAUUGGAUUAACUCUGUAAAGCUUCAAAUACACUGUUUUCCAAUAACUGUAUACCUUUGCUGGUGGCACAGGAUGAUUAGCAGGUGGGACCAUCUGUGUGGCCACACAGACCAAUAACAGAUGGUUGUCGAUUUUGAAGGAACUUGAACAGAUUGAACUGCAGACGAAAAAAUUAUUGAUACAACAAAAGACAUAAAAUUAUAAAGAAACAAAGACAAACACAUUGUGAAUACAUGUGACUCAGUAAGGAAAACGAAACCGUGACUUGAGUGGGAGCUUGACUUAAACAGUGUAUUGAAAAAAAAUGCCACUAUUUAAAAGGAGCUUCUACUUAGAAACCAAAAUAGUGUGUCAUCUCUAUGUUGUUUCUCUAUUGUAAAGAAAUGAAAUUAUAUAUGUCAUAUAAUAUAUGUCAUAUAGACGUAUAUAUAUUUGACAUACAAUUGUG